CGUAUUGUUUCUGAUAUGGGGAACCACAACAAAUCGCGGGAGUUUGUUUUUUUCCAGAGUUUUUGGGACGGUAGACAUGCCAGAUACUCAAAUUAACGUGUAGAAGCACUACAAAACUGGAAUUUUCACAAUAUGUCCCCUUUAAGAGUGUCUGAGUCAAUAACAGUACUGUGCGACUCCCCCCAAGGCAGGCAGAGAGAAACUCAGAAUAGGAUCCAAGAGCACUGCAGAUAAAGGAGCACAGACAGGACAGCUCAGCAGAGAGAGAAAGAGAGAGAGGGGGAGAAGGGACAUACAGUCAGACUCUAGCCAGGACAGCAUCUUAGUGGCUACCCACUGGAUACUCGCAAUGCACCAGGACUGAGAAUCCAACCAACCAGAGGUACUAUGGCUGCUGGAUUGAGAUUGGGUUUCUUUAUGUGGUUGCUGCUCUGUUGUUGUCAACUGAUCACAUCCAAAGAGGGGAAAUCCACAAAGAAAGGAAAGAAAGGCAAGCAAGUUGUCUGUCCAGCCCAGUUGUCCCCAGAAGAUUUGGCCCAGGUUCCAGCUAACUCCACCUCCAACAUCUUGAACCGUCUGAUGGUCAGUUAUGACCCGAGAAUAAGACCUAACUUCCAAGGUAUCCCGGUUGAGUCGAAGGUAAACAUCUUCAUUAAUAGCUUUGGGUCCAUCCAGGAGACCACUAUGGAUUACAGAAUAAAUAUAUUUCUUCGUCAGAGAUGGAAUGAUCCGCGCCUACGACUUCCAACUGACUUUAAGAGUGAAGCUCUAACAGUUGAUCCCAAGAUGUUCCAGUGUUUGUGGAAACCAGACCUUUUCUUUGCCAACGAGAAAUCGGCUAACUUCCAUGAUGUUACACAGGACAAUAUUCUGCUGUUCAUCUUUAGGAAUGGCGAUGUCUUGAUCAGCAUGAGGCUGUCGGUGACGCUGUCUUGUCCCUUGGAUCUUAAACUCUUCCCGAUGGACACGCAGAUGUGUAAGAUGCAGCUGGAGAGCUUUGGAUAUACCACCAGCGAUCUUGUGUUUAUGUGGCAGUCUGACCCAGUUCAGAUGGAUGAGAUUGCUCUUCCGCAGUUUGAUAUUAAACAAGAGGACAUCAAAUAUGGAAACUGCACAAAGUUCUACCAAGGAACAGGAUACUACACCUGUGUUGAAGUGAUUUUUACAUUGCGUCGGCAGGUUGGUUUCUAUUUGAUGGGAGUUUAUGCCCCAACUUUGUUGAUUGUUGUUUUGUCCUGGUUAUCAUUCUGGAUAAACCCUGAUGCUUCAGCUGCAAGGGUGCCACUGGGUAUAUUAUCAGUACUCUCUCUGUCCAGUGAGAGUAUGCUCUUGGCAUCUGAGCUACCAAAGGUUUCCUAUGUAAAGGCUAUUGAUAUUUGGCUCAUCACCUGUCUGCUUUUUGGGUUUUCGUCACUUGUGGAAUAUGCUGUGGUGCAGGUGAUGCUGAACAGCCCCAAACGAAUUGAGGAGGAGAAAACUAAAAUGGCCAACAAGGAAAAAGCGUUGAGAGAGAAAGAAGGGAAGAUGGAGUCAAAUAAAACUAACACAGUGAAUGGGACAGGUGGAACACCCAUACAUGUCAACACAUUGCAGGUGGUUGAAACUCGCUGUAAGAAAGUUUGCACCUCUAAGUCGGACCUUCGAUCGAAUGACUUCAGCAUCGUGGGAUCUUUACCUCGAGAUUUUGAACUUUCCAACUUUGACUGUUAUGGUAAAGCAGUCGAAGUGACAGGAGCCCUCAAGUCCCAAAACAAAAGUAACAAGAAACCCCCACCACCAAAAGCUGUCAUACCUGCUGCUGCAAAACGCGUUGACCUCUAUGCAAGAGCCCUCUUCCCUUUCUCCUUCCUCUUCUUCAAUGUUGUCUACUGGUCGGUCUAUUUGUGAGAGGGGGAGAAGGGUGGUAAUAAAAUGGUUUGUAUCCUGAUACACACUGAUCAUACUGAUAUUCAUAUAACAUUGAACUGAAAAUAGACAUUGAAACUUCAAAUUCACAACUCUCUACUGAUAAAAUAAAGAUUUUCAGCAUUUCAUGAUCAUUAAGUAUCACAGACGGCUCUGGUUUCUAAGAGUAACUGUAAAAUCAGGCGGCUGUGGUCUGUGAUACUUAAUGAACCAGGAGGUCGACGGCUCGAAUCCCACCCAAUGCCGAAGUGUCCUUGGGCAAGAUGCUGAACCCUGAAUGUCCCCUCAUAGAUGUUGAAUGCACUAAUUGGAAGUCGCUUUGGAUAAAAGCGUCAGCUAAAUGACAUGUAAUGUAAAGUGGCACAACUAUAAAGUCUUGGGGCUGUUGUCUUGAGUCCCCUUUAAACCUAUGCAUUUAGUAAGCAAUGCAUGUUUCAUCAUUUUGUGCUUAAUGUGAACUAAACCUUGAUGUGCUUCCUCCAAUACCCCAAAGCUGUAUAUUAUGUAGAAAAUAAAUGCUUUAUAAAGA